CUCAAGAGGGCAAAUUUGUCGAUCUUCCAGGUGCAGAAAUGGGAAAGGUAGUUGUGAGGUUUCCUCCAGAAGCAUCGGGAUAUUUACACAUUGGACACGCCAAAGCCGCACUGUUGAACCAAUAUUAUCAACAGGCGUUUCAAGGCAAACUCAUUAUGCGUUUCGACGACACGAAUCCGGCAAAGGAAAAUGUUCAUUUUGAACAGGUCAUUUUGGAAGAUAUCGAAAUGCUUGAAAUCAAACCCGAUUUAUUCACUCACACCUCCCAAUAUUUCGAUAUAAUGUUGGAGUAUUGCGAGAAAUUGCUUAAGGAGGGGAAGGCAUAUGUUGACGAUACAGAGCCAGAACUGAUGAAACAGCAAAGGGAACAAAAAAUUGAAUCGGAGAACAGAAGUAAUACAUAUCAGCAAAAUAUAAAUUUAUGGAAUGAAAUGAAAAAUGGGACCGAAAAGGGCCAGAAGUGUUGCGUAAGGGCCAAAAUUGAUAUGCAAUCUCCAAAUGGAUGUAUGCGUGAUCCCACAAUUUACCGGUGUAAAAAUGAACCACAUCCGAGGACAGGGACAAAGUACAAGGUUUAUCCAACGUACGAUUUUGCUUGUCCUAUCGUCGAUGCUAUCGAAAACGUCACACACACUCUUAGAACUAUGGAAUAUCACGAUAGAGAUGCACAGUUCUAUUGGUUUAUUGAGGCAUUAGGUUUGAGGAAACCAUACAUUUGGGAGUAUAGUAGAUUAUCCAUGACCAACACGGUACUAAGUAAACGAAAAUUGGCAUGGUUUGUCGAAAACAAUUUGGUAGAUGGAUGGGAUGAUCCUCGAUUCCCUACCGUCAGAGGAAUUCUAAGGCGAGGCAUGACAGUGGAGGGAUUGAAACAAUUCAUAAUAGCGCAAGGUUCUAGCCGCUCGGUUGUAUUUAUGGAGUGGGAUAAAAUUUGGGCCUUUAACAAAAAGGUAAUAGAUCCUAUUGCUCCACGCUAUACUGCAUUGGAAUAUGACUCACCAAUACCUGUACUGGUCAAAAAUGCGAAGGAAGAGAGAUUGGAAGUACCCAAGCAUCCCAAAAACAACGACAUGGGAACAAAGGACGUAUGGGUAGGUCCUCGGGUUUUGAUCGAUGCAGCUGACGCAGAAACCUUGGUAGAAGGCGAAAAUACGACUUUUAUAAAUUGGGGAAAUUUGCUCAUUAAAAAAAUUAAUCGCGAAAAUAAUAAAAUUGUAUCCAUAGAAGCAGAACCGAACUUGAGUAAUAAAGAUUACAAGAAGACGUUAAAAAUUACGUGGUUAGCUGACAAUGAAAAGGCAACAUUUACUCCAACAUUUUGUAUAUAUUUCGAUCAUAUAAUUAGUAAAUCGUUGUUAGGAAAAGAUGAAGAUUUUAAGCAGUACAUUGGACAUGAAACUAAGAAAAGUGUUCGAAUGCUCGGUGAUCCCGAACUGAAGAAGUUGAAAAAGGGUGAUAUCAUUCAGCUGCAACGUAGAGGAUUUUUCAAGGUUGAGACCGCAUAUGCACCAUUGAGUUUGAAUACUUGUAAAGAACGGUCGGUUAUUUUGUUCGCCAUACCUGAUGGUCACACAAAGGCAAAUCCCACAGCUGGUACAACCCUCGUGACUUCACAACAGGAGUCAAAACCCGCACAGAGUGAUAAGAAUAAAACUCCAGAGCAACUAAAUAAUGAAGUAGUUGCUCAAGGUGACAUCGUAAGAAAUUUAAAGACUCAAAAGGCUGCCAAGUCUGAAGUCGAUGCAGCUGUUAAAUUACUUUUGCAAUUAAAGGGCGACUAUAAAUCAGUGACAGGCACUGAAUGGAAACCUGGUACUGCGCCCUCUGGUCCACAAAAGACAAUUAACGUAAAUGAGUUGAGUUUACAGAUAUCUGCGCAGGGUGAUAAGGUGAGAAAAUUGAAAUCUGAAAAGGCUACAAAAGAUAUUGUAGACCCCGAAGUGAAACUUUUACUUACGCUUAAAGAUACAUACAAGAAGGCAACUGGUUCUGAUUGGAAACCUGAAGCAGUGGUACCAGCGCAUACUGACGCACCUCCCUCCCCUGAAAUAGUGCACAAUUCAACUGACCAAAAUACACUUCUAGAGAAAAUUUCAGCACAAGGUGAUAAAGUGCGAGAUUUGAAGUCCAAAAAGGUGGAAAAGUCAGUGGUAGAGGCCGAGGUGAAGGUGUUACUAGCCCUUAAAGCCGAUUACAAAAGUUUGACCGGUUCUGAUUGGAAACCCGGUGCGGUUGCUCAAACUAAGGCUCCAGUGCCUAAAUGUGACAAGGCUCAUGAAACUGAACUUUUGAAUCAGAUAACUGAACAAGGCAAUAAAGUUCGGCAGCUUAAAUCAGAGAAAGCCGAUAAGACAGUUGUAGACACUGCAGUAAAAUCGUUACUAUCGUUAAAAGAACAGUUUAAAACCCUAACCGGAAACGUUUGGAAACCAGAAAUGGCCACGCCCAUUGUUGUAAGUCCGUCCGUGAACGGUAAUGAAAGCGAUCUUACAUCCAAAAUCAAUCAACAAGGUGAAGUGGUGCGAAAAGCAAAAUCUGGAGGAGCGGCAAAGGCGGAGAUCGACACCGAAGUCAAGAAACUGUUAGAUUUAAAAGCGGAGUAUAAGGCAUUGACAGGAACUGAUUUCCCAACGGGCGGCAGAACUCAAAAGACUACUAAACCAAAGGAGGAAAAAGUGACGAAAGCCAAAUCGGAAAAGAAAGAGAAAGAGAAGAAGCCUACCGAUGUGGAAGAUGGUGCUGGCACUAAAAAACAGACACGCUUGGGGUUGGAAGCGAAAAAGGAGGAAAAUCUCUCCGAUUGGUAUUCUCAAGUUAUAACCAAAGGGGAGUUGAUCGAAUAUUACGAUGUAUCAGGUUGCUACAUCCUAAGACCGUGGUCCUACUCCAUUUGGGAAGCAAUUAAAGACUGGUUUGAUGCAGAAAUAAAGAAGUUAGGUGUUCAGAAUUGUUAUUUCCCGAUAUUUGUGUCCCGCGCUGCUUUAGAAAAAGAAAAAACCCAUAUUGCAGAUUUUUCGCCUGAGGUCGCUUGGGUGACCAAAUCUGGUGACUCCGAGUUGGCGGAACCGGUUGCAGUUCGUCCAACUUCGGAAACUGUGAUGUAUCCGGCGUACGCCAAAUGGGUACAGUCGUAUAGGGAUUUGCCAAUAAAACUCAAUCAGUGGAACAAUGUCGUUCGAUGGGAAUUUAAACAUCCGCAACCGUUUUUACGGACUAGGGAAUUUUUGUGGCAAGAAGGACAUAAUGCUUAUGCCAAUAAGGAAGAUUGCCAAGCCGAUGUUAAAACUAUUGUAGAUUUGUAUGCCAAAAUUUAUACCGACCUUCUUGCAAUACCAGUGAUCAAAGGACGUAAAACCGAAAAAGAAAAGUUUGCCGGUGGCGACUACACCUUGACAAUAGAAGGAUAUGUCGCGGCUAGCGGUCGAGGUGUACAAGCCGCAACGUCACAUUAUCUCGGUCAGAACUUCUCGAAAAUGUUUGAAAUAGUAUUUGACCAUCCGGAAACACAAGAAAAGACAUUCGCUUACCAAAACUCGUGGGGUGUCAGUACACGGUCGCUUGGUGUCAUGGUGAUGGUUCAUGGUGAUAAUCAGGGAUUGGUCAUUCCUCCGCGAGUUGCAUUAGUUCAAGUGGUAAUUGUUCCGUGCGGUUUAAGCGACGUUGAUCGACAGCUUUUACAAGACAGCUGUGAUGAACUAGAAAAAGAACUACUCGGGGCCGGGCUACGUGUUAAAGGUGAUUAUCGAGAUAACUAUUCACCCGGAUGGAAAUUCAAUCAUUGGGAGUUGAAAGGAGUUCCUAUUAGAGUUGAGUUAGGACCGAAAGACAUUAAAAACAAACAGAUAGUUGCCGUGCGGAGAGAUAACGGACAGAAAGUUACAAUGAAACGUGAAUCCGCCGCCAAGGAUCUUGCUACGCUCCUGGAGAACAUUCAGCAGAAUUUGUUUAAUAAGGCAUCGGAGGAGUUUACAAGUCAUACAAUUCAGGUGACGGAAUGGUCACAAUUUACUCCUAAUUUGGAUAAGAAGAAUGUAAUUCUGUCUCCAUUCUGUGGCGAAAUGGAAUGCGAAGACGCAAUUAAAACAGACAGUACGAGAGAUGCGUCAGAGGUAGCCGAAGUUGGGGCACCUUCAAUGGGAGCCAAAUCACUUUGUAUUCCUUUAGAACAAUUACCGAUGAAACCGAAUGCGCGGUGUAUCCAUCCUAAAUGUACUAGAAAGCCGAAAUUUUACACCUUAUUUGGACGCAGUUAUUAAUUAUUUUGUGCUGUAAGUGCUGCACUAAGUAACUUAUUAUGUUGUGUUCUAUAAAAUUUUUACAAAUAAAAGUAAUUGAAGAUUUU